AUGUCCCAAGGUAUGGCCAAGUGCACCAGAACAUCCCACGCAGGAAAGCGCUGCUCUGCUGCACACCCCAUCAACCCUCUUUGUUCCUCCCUUGCCAUCCUCCCCUUCACUAGUUCUUUUUUGGUGGGGGAGGCCGUGAGUUCAGAGAGAAAAGCUUGCAGUGGCAUCACAUGUUGUGGGGCGUAUUUCCCCCGUGUGCCCCACGCGCGCAUGGCAUGGCAGGUGCUAGUGCUGAACGGGUCAGUGGACCGUGAGACAGCGGGCAUGGCGGCGUCAGACUUCGUGCUCGCCAUCUGCAACUGCCUCAACCGCACCUUCGGAGACGACUCCCGCCACCGCCUCACCCACUCGUCGAUGCACUAUGUGACGCAUCUAAUCGCACCAGAGGGAGGAGCCAUUCCCUUUGACCAUGAACGCCUCACCUCAAUGUGGCACCCAGCAGGUCAGCGGAACACUGUGCAGCUGCAAAGAUGGGAUGGACAUGGAACCACCCAAUCCCAGGUCAUGGCGUGCGCGCUGGCAGCAUGCCAUACCGAUCGCCAUGCAGCAAAGUGCGCCAUCACUGGCGCAGAUGGCAAGUCCCUGCGGACGCAGAAUCCGAUCAUCCAUCGCCACCACCAUGACAAGCGCGCCCGCCGGGAGAUGACGCUGCCCGUGUCGCGCCGUGCAGGCGGAUACGGACAGCCACAGCGAGCGCGAGAACGCAGGGGUGCGUACAGGCGCGUUAAUGGCUGCCUGCGCGACAGCGCCGUGCCGCGACACGUCGCCCAAGCGACUUCCGAACUGGCCGAGCGUGAAUGCGGGGGCGGGGCGGCGAUGCCGCGGGAGAGCGGCGGCGACGGUGGGGCGCAUGGGGCGGGGCGAUGGCGGGCUUCUGGUGCCCGCUGCUGCCCAGCAUUCUCCGCACGCGCGCCCCCUUACUCACAUCGCCCACGCGGUGCAGCGCAUGCUCUCAGGCACGACUGCAGCGCCGCCUCCCGUAACCCUCGUGGAAGCGUGUCCGUGUCCGUGCCGCAAUCUCGUGGAACGUUGUCGCCGUGCCACGCGCCCGUCGUGCCAUGGCCGCGCGCCUGCGCCCUUGCGCUCCUCCUCCUCCUUCACUGCCUGCCGCACGCACCCCCCCUCGCCGUGCGGGCAGCACAGGGAUGCGCGGAUCAGCUGGAAAAGGCGCCGCCGGCGACGGCGGAGGCGGAGGGGCCGGAGGGGUCGGGCUGCAUGGGUUGGUCGCACGGGGGAUGGGGGGAGGCGUGGGCGGAGGGGGUGCGCGAGACGGCAUCGGAAAGAGGCGGUAAAGGCAACCUGGCGUGGCUGCUGUCAGUGCAGCAGCAACAACCGCAGACGUUCCUGACAGCCUUCUCCUCGCUGCACCGCGCGCCCGCGUCCACGCCCACCCGCCACCCCCCGGGAGACGCAUCUCCGGGAUCCGCGCAGCCGCAGCACUCUCACGCCUCCCGCCUCCUCUCCACCGCGCCGACCCUGACUCAAUCACCCACUCCACCGCCGAUCUCUGCCUCUGCUGCCGCACCCCCCUCCCCCUCCUCAUCCCAGCUCGCUCCGCUUCCCCUUUCUUCGCCCACCCACUCACCUUCCACUUCCUCCCCGCCUCUUCCCCCUCCUUCCGCUCCGUCGCCUGCGCAGUCGGUCUCCUCCCCCCCCAUUUCCUCCUCCCUCUCUAAAAUCUCCUCCGCCCCUAUCACCUUCCCACACACCUCCUCCCCGCCAUUAACCCCGUCCGCCCCCAUAAUAUCACCGAAUGUACCACCCCCACACUCCUCCUCCUCCUCCUCCUCCUCCUCCUCCUCCUCCUCCUCCUCCUCCUCCUCCUCCUCCUCCUCCUCCUCCUCCUCCUCCUCCUCCUCUUCCGCCGCCGCCUCCACCGCAGCGCCACCAUCCACGGCGCCCCUCCUCGCAUCGCCCUCACCGCGCGCCCCAUCGCACCGCGCCCUCCCCGUCCUCGCGGCUCUCGACGUGUCCUCGCCACCGCCCAGCCACGCGCCGUCGCUGUCCGCGGAGCCCCAGUCCGCGCCCGCCGCGCCUCAGGACUCCGCCACCAGCACCACCAACGCCUCCGCCUUUCUGCACUCCAUGCCCUCCCUCACGCCCACCGCCAUCCCCUCACCAUCGCCGCCCCCACCCUCGCCCAAUCCCUCGCCCCCCCCUCCCUCUCCCAACCCUUCACCGCCUCCGCCCUCUCCCCAUCCGCCACCCCCUCCCACUUUUCCGCCCCCUUCUCAGAAGCCUCGUUACUGCCCUCCUCUGCAACCCGUGCCGUCCCCUUUUCUCCUGACAUGCCCCCCCCCCCUCGUUCCCCCGUGCCUGUACGUCCCUGCAUCGCAGCCGCCCCCCUCCCCCCCUCCACCAACGCCUGCAGCACCGCCACCAGGUAAGCCCUGCCCCUCCCACCCGCUGCCAUUAGUAAUGCACGAGUCCUGCCUCUCACACCGAGAAGCCGUUUCAGCUGCCCUUCCACCGCCCCAAACUCAUUGCUCUCUUUCCCAAUCGGCCCCCUUUUCCCUCCUCGUUUUUCCAAUGUCAUUCGCAGCGUCACUACCAUCGCCUCCACACGACCAGCCUCCGCCAAGUCAACCGCCCCCAGCCCCGUCCCCGCCACCCCCUUCACCAAACCCCUCGCUCCCAUCACCCUCUCCUCCCCCCCCCUCCCCUCCUCCGCCUUCCCCCAAUCCGCCCUCUCCCCCUCCCCCCCAACUGGAUCCUCCCCCGCCCUCGCCACCACCCCCAUCGCACCCGCCACCAACCCCUCCUGACCAAUCGCCCCCGCCCCCACCUCCGGACCCUCCUUCCGCCCCACCCCCUGCCACUCCGCCCCCUGAUCUCUCCCCCACUGACUCUCUUCCUCCCAUCUCUCUCCCCCCAGAAUCCUCUCCUCCUCCUCCUCCGCCGGACAGCCCUCCGCCCCCUCCGCCUGUUGAAAACCCCCCGCCUUCCCCAGCAGCGCCCCCCUCGUCCCCUCCCCCCGCGCCCCCGCAUUCAAAGCCGAGUACCUUGGAGGAAGUCACCAACCCCCCGCCACCACAGCACCCGCCCCCCCCUGCCCCCCCUUCUGACCCACGCCCUCCUCGUGCCCCCCGGGUGCAACCACCCCGUGCCCCGCCCCCUUCCCCCCGUCCCCACCCGCAGCACCAGUCCUCCCCCCCACCGGAUUCCCCAGACCAUCCACCCCCCACGUCUCCCCACCACCCUCCCCCCGUCCCUCCUGUCCUCGCCCCACGUGACCCUCCCUCGGAGCUCCCCCCGCUCGCCCACGCGCCUGGGCGCCGUCACACUCCCUCCCAAGCGCCCCCUGUUCACAGACCGCCACAGCCACACCACUCACACUCACAGCCUCCCGCAAAAACAUCAAGGGGCAGAACGCGUCCCCCCAAGAAAUCGGUUGAGGAUGGAGAGGGGAGCGGGAAGAAAUCCGCCAAGAGGCAGUCGCCUCCUAAGGAGAGGCGGACACACAAGCACGCGCCCCCCCCACCUCCGCACAAGAGCAAGUCCAAGCACAAGCACCGCCACGCACACCCCCCUGCACCUCCGCCUGCCACUGAGCCUGCGCCCUCGCCUGCUGUGCUGGUGGAUGGCGCCAGUGCUUCCUCCCCCGAUGAUGCUGCUCUGCUGCCGCCCCUGCCUCCCACUCCGCCGCUCAUACUGCCACCACCACCGCCAGACUCACGCCACUGCAGGGAGUGUCCGCUGGGCACGGCAGUGAAGCCAGCGAGCGGCCCCACAGACGUGGCGUGUGUGUGCGCCGUGCCCAUGGUCGUGGGGCUGCGCCUCGCGCUGCCCUUUGACGACUUCCUGCACUCCGUGCCGCUCUUCGCCCAGCAGCUCAGUGCGGGGCUACAUGUGACGCCGCAGCAGGUGCAGGUGUGGGGCGUGGAGUACGACCGUCAGGGCACAGGUUUCCUCGACACCACAUCCUACCUGCUGCCCCUGCACGGCACACAGCUGCCCGCCUCCCUUGUCGCCUCCAUCCGCCGUCGCCUGCUGGGUGGGCACGUGUGGCUGGACCCCGCCCUCUUCGGUCGCUUCCAGGUGCUCUUCAUCCUCAACCCCGGCGACCACCUCCCCCCGCCCGCCCUGCACCCCGCCUCCGCGCCCGCGCCCCCUUCCCCGCCCUGGCCCGCCUCGUCGGACGGGUGGGCGCCGCCACAGGCAGGCGGGGGCGCGGAGGGGGGCGGCGGCAGCACGGGGCAUUCGAUGGCGGCGUUGGAGAUAGCGCUCUUCAUUGUGGCGCCCUGCCUGCUGCUGCUCCUCAUGCUCGCCUCCUGCCUCGCCUGGCUCCUCCUCUACCGCCGCCGCCAACACCGCUCCGCUGCUGUUGCCGAUGCUGCCACUGCUGCUGCUGCAGCAGCAGGUGCACCUAUGGUAGCAGACGUGGCGGACAAAGAUGCUGGGGUUCCCGUGGAAAAGGGGCUGGAGAGCAUCGCGCCAUCCCAAGCGUGGCCAUCAUCAGCCGCCUUCUGCUCGCCCUCGCCCGACGCCCACGCGGCCCUGCCAUCGUCAUCACUGCCAAGCGAGGUGGCAGGGCUGGGCGUGAGCCUGGGGUUUGCGGGCACGGGCACGGGCCUUCACGCCUCCUCGCUCGCCCUGCGCGGACUCGCCACGGCACCAGCGGGCGCGGUGGUGUUCUCGCUGCUGCAGCUGCGGCGCGCCACGAACGACUUCCACGCGGACAACCUGCUGGGGCAGGGCGGGUUCAGCCGCGUGUACCGGGGCGAGCUGGCGGACGACACCCUCGUGGCCGUCAAGCUGCUGCACUCGCCCGAGGCGCAUGGGGACGCGGGGGAGGGGGGUGCAGGGUCAGUGGAGGAGCAGGAGAGGGAGAGAGCAGACGCGGAGUUCAUGAGGGAGGCGCAGGUGCUGAGCUGCCUGCACCACCGCAACCUCGUCAAGCUGCUCGGCAUCUGUGCUGAGGGCGGGCGGCGCUGCCUCGUGUACCAGCUGGCGGGCAACGGCAGCCUGGCGUCGCACCUGCACGGGGUCAUGCGCGACGUGGCGGGUGUGAUGGAGUGGGAGCGGCGCAUGAAGGUGGCGCUGGGUGUGGCGCGCGCGCUCUCGUACCUGCAUGACGACGCGAGCCCGCGUGUGGUGCACCGCGAUGUGAAGAGCGCCAACGUGCUGCUGGACCUGGACUUCUCCCCCCUGCUCUCCGACCUCGGCCUCGCCAAGACCAUGCCCCACGCUGCCACCCCCGCACUGCCGGAGCAGGGAGCGGUGGGAGGAGGGGGACAGGCGUCCAGGAUGAUGGGCACCGUGGGGUGCGUGGGGGGGAGACACAUGGAUGGGAUGGGCAGCAGGGUGGGAGCAAGGGGUGCUUUCAAUGGGAGGGCGUGGGGGUUAAGGUACGUGGCACCGGAGGUGGCGCUGACGGGGCAGGUGUUGGUGCGCAGUGACGUGUACAGCUUUGGCGUGGUGCUGCUGGAGCUGAUGUCAGGCCGCAAGCCCAUCGACCACUCACUGCCCCCGCCCCAGCACAGCCUCGUGCAGUGGGCCUCGCCGCUGCUGCUCAGCAGCGCGGGGGUGAAGCAGGUGGUGGACCCGGCGCUCAAGGGGCGGUACCCCCUGGAGGCGGCCAUGCGUGUGGCGGGCAUCGCCAGCAUGUGCCUGCAGCAACUCCCCGACAACCGCCCCUUCAUGACCCAAGUCGUGCAGGCGCUGAAGCUAGUGUACAGGGAGGGCAGCGAGGGCAGUGAGAGCGAUGACGAGGAGGACGACGAGUCCUUCGCACAGCCCUCUCACGCCUCCCACCGCACCCCUGCGCCCGCAUCCGCUGCCGCCACCAGUGCCGCCAGCACUGGCAUUGGCAGUGAGAGCGGGCGGGUGAGUGAGAGCGAUGUGACAAGCAUGGGCAUGGAUGCGGAUGACAGUGCCAUGGGCAGCGCGGGCAUGGCUCUCUCCCCCUCAGACAGGGGCCUCAUGCCCAGGCUGCUGUGCAUGCGCGUGCACGAUCUCGACUACAGUGGGGACAUGGGGCUGCUGUCACAGGGAGAAGGGGAGCCCAGCGCAGUGCAGUCCCUCGCAGGCACAUGCCCCCGCACCACCUACUCUCAUCUCAGGACCUCCUUGUCGGGGCCGCCCGUGCUCGCAGCCCCACCAGACACCCCUCCCCACGCCUCGCCUUCCGCUUCCCCUCCUCACCUCCCCCCGGACCGUUCCUCACCCUCGCAUUCGUUCCUGCCUGACCGCACGCUAAGCCAGGGAGCCUUAUCCAUAGACCUGCCUGCCACACCUGCCUCCACUCACCCCUCCGCUCCUCCCCCGCGCCUUCGCCAUGGCCGCCUGCCGCUCGUGGACCCACUGCCGCCUCGCGGGGCUCGUGCUGCUCGCCGUGUGCUGCCACGUGCAGCGCGCCGUCGCCUUGGCGCCGCUGGGCCGCGCGGAGCAGUCGGAGAUGCGCGAGACAGCGCGCACCAUGUUCUACCACGCCACGACGAGCUGAAGCCGCUCUCGCGCUCCUACACCGACUCGCUGGGGGAACUCGGCAACCUCCAGAUGCAGCACCUAUCGACCAACUACAAUGGAAGCGCACUCACACUCAUCGACUCGCUCUCAAGCCUGGCAGUGCUGGGCAACGUGAGUGAGUUCCAGCGGGCGGUGCGCUGGCUGGCGUCCUCGCUCUCCUUCCAUGCCGACGUGCGCGUCAACACCUUCGAGUGCAACAUCCGGCUGCUGGGCGGGCUGCUCUCCGGCCACCUGCUCGCCCAGCACCACUCCCUCCUGCUCCACCCCCCGCCACCCCCCACCUCGCCCUCCGGCCGGGGCACAGCUGACAGCAGGGAGGGAAGAGAGGGCGGGAUGGAGAAGGGGGCCGAGGGGCAUGGAGCGUGGAGAUACAGGGAAGGACGCGCAGCUGCAGAGGAGGGGGGUACAGGGGCCGCAGCAGGGGAGGAGCAGGAAGGGGAGCGGAGGAUUAUGGAUGAGGAGGUAAAAGGAGUGAGGGCGGCAGUGGAAGCAGGGGGGAGCGAGGAGGAGGGGGAGACAGGGGCGUGGUACCGGGGCGAGCUGCUGGUGCUGGCGGAGCAGCUGGGGCGGCGCCUCAUGCCCGCAUUCAACACGCCCACGGGCAUUCCCUACGCGUGGAUCAACCUCAAGUACGGGGUGAGGGCGGGUGAGACCACGGAGACCAGCACGUCCGGCUGUGGCUCGCUCAUCCUGGAGUUUGGGCUGCUGUCGCGCCUCACAGGCGAUCCGUGCUUUGAGCGGGCAGCGCAGGGGGCGCUGAGGCGGGUGUGGGGCAUGCGGUCGGCGGUGGACCUGGUGGGGACGACGCUGGAUGUGGCGAGUGGCCAGUGGGUGGAGGGCAACACAGGCAUCGGAGCAGGAGUGGACUCCUUCUACGAGUACCUGCUCAAGGCCUACGUGCUCUUUGGUGACCCCGACUACUGGCACAUGUUCCAGGCUGCCUACACCGCCACCCAGCGCUACCUGCGCACACCCCACCCCUCCUCCUGGUACCAUGAUGCGCACAUGCACACGGGCAGCCCCACCUAUCGCCAAUUUGCCAGCCUCCAGGCCUUCUGGCCCGCCCUGCAGGUGCUGGCAGGUGACGUGGCAGCAGCCAAUGCAACGCACCGGCAGUUCUUCACAGUGUGGGAGAAGUUCGGCCUGCUGCCUGAACGGUAUCUGUUUGACAUGGGGGUGCCGCACCCCACGGAGCGCUACUACCCGCUCAGGCCCGAGCUCGCUGAGUCCACCUUCGCCCUCUACCACGCCACCAAAGACCCAUGGUACCAGCGGGUGGGGCAGACGAUGCUGCGGGACUUGAAUCGGCGCACGAGGGUGGCGGGGGGCUAUGCGAGUGUGAGGGACGUCACCACGGGCGAGCUGGAGGACCACCAGCACUCCUUCUUCCUUGCUGAGACGUGCAAGUACCUGUACCUGCUGUUUGACGAGUCGGCAUUGGAGCGGGGCAACAUCCACAACUACAUCUUCUCCACUGAGGGCCACAUCCUGCCCGUGCUGCCACAGUGGCACCACUCUCCUCCUGCUCAUCAG